AUGUUGAAAACUAUUCUUCGUCAUGGUUGUCGUCUACGACCCGCAAUGAAUAUGCGUUUAUCAACACCAUUAUAUAAUCGUUUACAUACAUUAUCAUCUGGAAAUACAAAUCGAAAUGGUCAAGUUUGGCCAUAUGUUUUUGUAUCACGUCGUACAACGAUUCUUGAUCAACAUGUUAAAGAUGCUGGACAAAUGCGUACACCACCACCAAUGACACCGGCUGAUAUUGAAUCACGUGUAUUACGUAUUUGUAAUGAAUAUGAUAAAAUUCAAGAAGCAAAUAAAAAUAAAAUAACUUUGGCAACUCAUUUUAUGAAUGAUCUUGGUCUUGAUAGUCUCGAUCAUGUUGAAAUUAUUGUUGCAUUAGAAAAUGAAUUUGGUUUUGAAAUUCCUGAUGCUGAUUAUGAUAAAUUAUAUACAAUUCAAUCUGUAGUUGAUUAUUUAGUCAGAAAAAUGAAUAUCACCGAACAUGCAAAACCUGUUGUUUCAUCAGCAUCUGAUCCACGUUAUGACGAUCAUCAUCAUUGA